AUGGAAGCAGUGAACAACUGGCAUGAUCGUGUUAUCCAAAGUUCGUUUGGUGUACCACAUCCAGCUGAAAUCGAUGCACAAAAACCACUUGUAGAUGCCAAAGAUACUGGUAGCAAUAUUGUUCCAUUUCGAAUUUUAAUUAAAUCACUUGAAAUUUUACCAUCAUCAGUUUCUUCUUCACUUGCUACUCCAUAUGAAGUGCAAUUUACUGCAACAUUAUUUGAUAAUUUGUAUAAACGAUUCUAUGGUCAAACAUGGUUUAGUGCUUGGCACAGAGGCAAAGUUGCUACAGAUGGAUUUUUUCGAGUCAAUCUUAAUGAACCAUUGUAUUGUCAUAUACCAUUGAAAAAUGAUCAAAAUUGUUUGAUUGUUCAAUCGAUAUUUCGUAGUGGAGAACAAUCAGAAGAUCGACUUGAACUUGUAGGUGGUUGGACAAUCAUUAAAUUACAACCAUGGACUGAAGAUGAUGAUAUUACUAAAGCAAUAAGUAAUCGUCAACCACUUUAUCAUGGUUCACCUCGUGCUCUUAUGUUUCUUCAUGAACCAUUUGAAACAUGUCAAAAAGUUUCACAAGUUCCAUCUGCUGGUUUAUUUGUUGAAAUAAAAUAUCAUGAACCUCUUUUUUCUGUAAUACAAUAUUUAUCUGAAUGUACUCUUUAUGGACGAAAUGUUAAUAUUGGUGGUAUUCAUUAUUCUGAUGAAGAUACAUUAAGAAAACCUGUUUUACAAGCAAAUCGAAAAAAUAUUCUUAUUGAACAAGUUGAAAUUGAUGUGGAACCAUCAAUAACUUUCUUUGAAGAAGAACUUUGUCGAUUAAUUCAUAAAGAUCAAAUGGAAAAGAAAAAAAUGUCACAUACUACAGUAUCAGCAUUAGUUCAAGAAACACAGAGUAAAAUUUCUAUUGUUGAACGACGUUUACGUGUGGGUAUACAUAAUGGACAAUGUUAUGUUCAAGAUCCACUUGUUUUUUAUCUUACAGCUGAACAAGAAGAUACUGGAAUGUCAUUAUUAUCAAGAAAAUUAAGUUUUAAACAAACACAACGACGAAGAACUGUAUCUGCUGAAAGUAGGAUGGAUGAUCGAAAAAAACUCUAUUUAAGAAAUCCAAUUCGACUUGAUGAUGUUCCUAUUGAUGAUUUAAAUGCUAUUAUAUUUGUUCUUGAAUAUAUGGUUUCUAUACCAUUAAGUGUACCUUCAAAAUCGAAUGAACCUACUGAAAAUACAAAAGUAACAUUUAUUAUUCGUUGGUCAGCUUGGUUUCCAGGUAAAGAUAAACAAGUUGCUUUAAUUAUGUCUGGUGGUGAAAUAUUAUCAAGUGAUGAACUUUUCGUAUAUAAACCAUCAACAACUAUUUUACUUAAUACACCUGAUAUUGUUCAAGAAACAUUACGAUUUAAUUAUAGAUUUGAUACUGAACCUCCAAUGCGAUAUCCAACAGUUACAGUAAAACCAGACAUUUUAACACCUUUUCAAAGAUCAUUAAUUCCAACUGAUGCUAGUACAAAAACACCAAUCGAUUAUGAUCUUUUACAACGAACAUCGGUACCACCUCACACAAUUCCUUCAGCUAUACAACCACCUAUCUAUCAUCAAGCUAAUCUAGUGCCGUGGCAAGCAGAUGGAAUCUAUCCAGCAUAUUCACCAAUGUCUGCUUUAGCUAGUCAAAUGACUUUUGCUCAUACAUUAUCACGUGCUGCUUAUUCACGACUUCAAGGUCAAGGUUUUCAAACGAUUAAAACAGUUAAUGAUAAAGAAGCUGAAGUUAUUGAUAUAAGACAAGCUCGUUUUCUUGAUAUACAAACAGAAAUGGCUGAUCCAAUGAAUUGUAAUGAAAUUAAUUUACAUUUUCUAUCUUAUUUUAAAAUGAUUCGAGCUGGCAUGUCAUCAAAAUCAACUUAUCCAAAAAGUAUUUUUUUUACUUUUAAAUUUUUUCGUUUUCUUGAAACGACAACAAGCAGAGUCAUGCUCGAACGUAUGCAUGAUAAUAUUUCAAAUGAUCCAAAUGUUGAACCAUACAUUCUAUGGCGUUUAAAAGAUGAUAGUACGAAAACAUCAGGUUUACCUGGAUUACCUGUUAAAUUCAAAGUUGAUGGUGGUUUUCUUGGUUCUGUUGAACAACGACAAUUUUUUGAAUAUCUCAAUACUCAUACACUUUAUAUUGAAGUUUGGGAUGGUGAUGGACUUUUUCCUGUUGGAAUGUGUGCACUUGAACUAAGAUAUUUACUUCGUGAUGGCCGUCCAGGUAUACAAGCAUUAGUUGAACUUGAUGUAUUUGCAACUGUACCAAUCGAAGGUAAUGAACCACCUGCUGUGGAAAAUCAAUAUUAUCAAUCGAGUGAUCAACAAUUUUCAUUGAUCGGUGAAAAAUUAAAAACUGUUGGUAAAUUAAUAAUGCGUAUUGGAAAUGUUGGAUCAGUUGGAUCGGAACACACUUCAAUUGAAAAACUUAAAAAUUCUGAUGCUAUACGAUUAUUACCAACAAGUCGAAUAGUAUCAUCAAUACCACCAUUUGAUAUUGUUCAACCACGUGCUGGUGAAAUAACACCAACAGGUGUUAAAGAAUAUCGUUUAACACGUGCACAUCCUAUUGUUGCUUUAAAUCCGAAUAUAAAUUCUGUAUUACAUAGUUCGGAUAAACAAGCACAAGAAUCUGAACGUCAACGAAAAUUAUCACGAAUGGAAGCUGUACGUAAACGUGCAGCUGAAACAAAUAAUGAUGAUAUAUCAGCAUCAUUACCAAUAACAAAUCGUCAAGUUCGUGAAUUACGUGAAAAUGAUCUGCGUACAAUAUCAAUGUAUCGUCAGCAAUCAAAACAUGAAGAUAUUGCUCAUCAUUUAAUGAAUUUUAUUACACGAGAAAUAAAUAUACGUUUAAUGCCUGGUUAUGUAGAAUUUUUUGAAUAUAUUCUUCAAAAUCCAUAUCCAGAACAACAUUCUAUUAGUAUUGCAUGUAAUGAUGAUGAAUUAAGUGUUGUUACUGAUGCUCGUGAAUGGCGUCGUUUAAAAACUUUAUUUGAAGUUUUUUCUGAUACAGAAGAAAAUAUGUUUACAAAUCAAACAGGAAUUAUUGAUCAAAGUGGUUUAAAAUAUCCUCAAAUAUUUAUGCGAUCUAAAGAAUCAGUACAUAUACCAUUUAAAUUACAAACAUUUCUUGCAAAAUUACCAAUAACAGAACAUAAAACAUCAUCAAAUCCAUUUUCACAAGAUCAAACAUAUGCAGUUGUAGAAAAAAGUUAUAAUGAAAAAAUUAAAUCAAAACAAAUUAAAGCAAUAUUUCAAGCAGAAGAUGGUACACCAAUAGGUAUUUUAUGUAUUAAUGUUGAAUAUAUAUCACCUAUUAUUGAUCAAACAAUUCGUUGUAUUAAUGGAGAAAAUACAUUAUUAAAACGAGUAUUUCGUAUACCAAAUCCACGUCGAGCAGUUACAACAGAAUCGCUUACAAGUGGUUUACCUGAACAAGUUCAUCAAGUAUUUGUUCGUGCAAGUGACUUAAAUAUUGUUUGUGAAGUUAAACCUGUAUCUAUUAAUCAACCAUGUGACAUGUUAAUUAAAGCUGCAACUCAUAAUGCACCAACAGUGAAUAGUUUCUUAGUAUUUAUGUAUGCUGAUGGUUUUCUUCAUAAACCUAUUAAUGUAUGGCAAUUUCAAAUUCAUGCUGUUAAACGUUUAGAUCUGACUUGUAUUCAAUAUCAGACAACUACUUCUACUCUUCUUCUUCGAGGUACACGUUCAUCACGUUUGGUUCAAUGUUUUGGAAAUGUACCUGAUGAAUUAAUUAUAUCACCAAGCAAUGCUUUUUCUUUAGCUGCUAAUGGACUUAGUGAAAUUCAUGUACUUAUACGACCAUCACGUUCAGGUCUACGUACUUAUUGUGUUAAUACAGUUGAUGUAGAAAAUCAUCAAAUUGUUGAUACAUGGAUGAUACGAGUUGAUACACGUAUGCCUGUUAUAUCAAAACAAUUCGCUCAUACAUUACCAUUUGGACAAAGCCAACCAGUUAGUAAACGUAUAUCAUAUACAAAUCCAUAUGCUAUUCGAAAAACAUUCUUCUUCAUAAGCAGUCAUCCUGAAUUACUUCAAAUGCAACAUCAAAAACUUGAUUUUCAAGCAAAUGAAAAGAAAUUUAUUAGUUUUACAUUAUUACCAGCGUUUAAUGUUGCACCUGUUACAGAUAUUAUUAUUUUAAUUAAUAAUGAACAAGAUACGAAUGAAGAUGCUUAUUGUAUUCGUGUUACUUAUACAGAUUCAAAUAUUCCUAUUUAA